GAUAAGGCUUAAAGACGUUUUUGUCGAAUCGCAAACACGUAUUCCCAAUCCUUGAUUUAAGGUCAUAAAAGGAUUUUAAUCAUCAGUUUGAACUCACAAAGCAGGAUUUCAAAUUCUUGAAAAUGAAGAUCUUGGUUCUUUUGUUAUUUGUUGGCGUAGCUACUGCGGCGUCCAUUUAUGAUGGACCCAAUGCUGCAGUCGAAGAUCAAGUGGAGGAGUCUUUGGCCGAGUUCAACAUCAGGGAUUUGCUCAAGAGAAUCAAAGAGCAUAUCAAGAAAACAGUAGAUCCUGAACUGCUGAAGGAGAAGAUUGAAAAGAUCUUCGGACAAGGAUCUGAACUGUUGGACCAAUUGUUGAGAAUUUUGAAGGAGAAAGGCAGGAAGAAGAUGAUCAUACUCAUUGACGAACUUCUAGAUGAUGAUGAUGACGAGGAGGAACAGAAGGCGGUUGCACGAGGAAUGUCCGAUUACUGGCAAAAAAUCAAGGACUACUUCAAGGAUCUUCAAAUUGACCUGAAGGAGAAGUACGCCAAGUUCGGAGAAUGGGUGAAAGAUGUCCUUGAUAAAGGCAUGGAACACUCUAAAGACAAGUUUACCAACAUCAAAGCCAUCGCCAAGGAGUUCUUGAAACACGCCAAGGGUAUCAGCAAAGAAAUCGCGUCUGAAGCUGGAGAAUUUUUCAAGAACUACAAAGAAGAGCUCGGAAUUGUUUGGGAGGAAAUCAAAGAAAGGAUCCAGGAAAUCAAGAAUAGAAAUCAAUAAACUGUCUAUAUAAAAAUAAAAGAUCUUCUUUAGAAAAAAAUGGAUUUAAAUUAUUUUAAAUCCCGCUUACAAUCAUAUAUGGCAUUCAAAAGUUGCUAUCAAAAAAUUAAAUAAAUAUAUAAAAAAGAA